UUCUCGUGGUAACAUAAAUUUGGUAUAUACGUAUCUUUCUACGGUGAAUGUACCUAGUUCAUCAAAGAUAAAUUUUCUACACGCUAUAAGAAAAAUCAACCGAGCCCUAAAAUAAAGUGCUGAGAAAAGAAUUCCUUCUUCGUCUUUGACGGGCAAUUGGUAGAAUCCUUUGAACUGUGUGACACUCUCGUCCCCAUUUCAGAAUGCGUGAUGUAAUGAGAGAUUUAGCAUUGGGGAUCUUGUCAUUAGACGCUGAAGGCUGUCAGUUUCUGCUGAGAACUUAUUCAAAACCAUUGAAGCCAGAAAAUAGAUCCUCAUCCACUAGCGCUGAUGGUCAGUAUAUAUCAAGAGUUGCUGCAGGUCUAACUGAGCUGCCUAGAGAGGAAGAAUGGGAACAAUCCAAGAUGAUGUUUUUGAUGAAUAAUAAGUUGUCCGCUCUGCCUGACAAACCAAAUUGCCCUAAACUUGUGACAUUGUUUCUGCAAAGGAACUAUCAGCUGAGAGUGUUACCAGAUCUUUUCUUUCACAACAUGCGUGUCCUUAAAUUGUUGAACCUAUCCAAGACCAGAAUCAAGUACUUACCCAAGUCAAUUUCAAAUCUUGAAAGACUAGAAACACUUAUUCUUCGUGAUUGCGAACACCUAGUCAAGCUCCCCUCUGAAGUUGGAUCUCUUAAACUUCUUCAAGUACUUGAUCUUGGGGGCACGGAGAUCAUUGAAUUACCUGAAGAGAUUGCUGAGCUGGACUCUCUAAGCCACUUGGAAGUAUCCUUCUAUGGAUCUAGCACCAACAGUGAGCAUGCUAAGCUGCCACCUAAAUUGAUUUCCAGACUUGAAGCAUUGGAAACACUAAGCAUAAGUGUGUACCCAGGAGAUAAAUGGUGGAAUAAGAGUGUCGAAUCCGUCGUUGAGGAAGUGAUCAAGUUGCAAUUGUUGACUUCUCUUUCCUUCUAUUUCCCAGAGGUCAAGUUUCUUGAACUGUUCCUCGGAGAAAGUGCAUCCUGGAAAGAAGAAAGCUUAACUGAGUUCAAAUUUGUUGUUGGCGCUGAUGUCGAGUUUAAUGCAUCACGAGACCCACAGUAUGUAGAGCUGAAUUAUGGUCUAAUAUCGGGUCAAUGCUUGAGAUUUGUCAACAGUGAGAAGAUACCUAAUGCAAUUGUUAAUGUGUUGGCUCGAUGUACUGCUUUUUAUUUAGAUCAUCAUCUUGACGUCCACAGGCUGUGUGAGUUUGGGAUUGGCAACAUUAAGAAGUUGAAAUAUUGUAUAAUAAGUGAAUGCCCCGACCUUGAAACUAUUGUGGACAGCGAGGAGGGAACUGAGAGUGUAUUUCCUUGCCUGGAGCACUUGAGUAUUCAUUAUUCAUGGAGUUUGACGAGCAUUUGGAAGGGUGUUGUCCCCAAUGGGAGCUUUGCAGCUUUACGAACUUUGUCUUUGCAUGCAUGCCCAAAGUUGACUUACGUUUUCAAAAGCUCAAUGCUGCAAUUCAUUUCAAACUUAGAAGAGUUGCAGGUUGAUGACUGUGAAGCAAUGGAAAAGAUCAUUUCUGCAGAAGAGGUCACUGAAUCUUGUUGUAUUUCACUCAAAAGUUUAACACUUCAGUAUCUUCCUGAAUUGGUUCAUAUUUGGGAAGAUGCUCAGACUAGGCUCUUGUUCGAAUACAUUAGUGUCUACGAUUGCCCUCAGUUGAAGCAGAUUUGUAAAGACUCGGAGUUGAAACAGACUCUGAAGGAAAUUAGAGCCGAAAAGGAUUGGUGGGAUGAAUUAGUGUGGGAGGAAAAUGGGAUUCGCUCACAUUUUGAAGCCAUUUUCACUCCUAUUGGCGAGAGUGAUGUACAUAGUUCUUAAGACUUCCCAAGUUGUGAGGUUGUUCUGCCAAACAUACAAUGAAUCCAGGCUGGCAGCAUGCUAAGGAUCAGCAUUUGAUAUAUAGCAAUGAUAGAAGAGACUGCUGCUGCCGCCAUUGAAAGGAACAUAACACUGCUGCUGUGAUGUAAAAGGCCUCAUCUAGAACCAGUCCGUAUGGCAGAAUCUAGUGUAAGGACAGCAAAGAAGAGACGCUUCAGAGUUUCCUUCCCAAUAUGCCUGCGGAUCCUUCUCAAACGGCCAUGAAAAUGGGAUUGGUGACAUGGUUGUUGCUGAUAUGUACCUCUUUUCUGACAUGCAAAAAUACGAUCAACUAAAAGUUAGAAGAACAGCUGCUUGUGCCUUUUUUUUUUUGGAUAAAUUGUAGUUUUAUUAUCGUAGAAGCAGCAAAUCACAGCUACUGUAAAACAGUUUGUACAAUUUGUAUCACAUCACUUAUUUACAUUACAAACGUAUCUCUGCUUAGGUCCCAUUUGAUCCAAAUAAACAUGUUUUAAUCCAGCUACUCUUAGCCUGACUAUCUCCUUAAUCUGUUCACUAUUGCUUUCCUCCGACUUGAAUUGCCUUUUGUUACGUUCGUUCCAAAUCAAAUAGAUGUAAGCUCCCCAAGCCAGUCUCAAUAUAACAGAGAGUAGAACCCUUCCUAGGAGUCUAGCAAUUGCCCGCUGAAAUUCGUUCUCUCAAUACUCAACUUCCUUCGGCAGUUGACAGUGC